AUGGCUACGUCCAACAAGGAGAUGGAAGAGACGGAAGAUAACACUGAACUCGAUCCAAGGAUCCAGAUCGAGCUCGAGAAUCUCAACACGGCAACGGAUGAUAUUAACAAGCUCGAGAUUGAAUUAGAGGAAGCCAACUCCACGUUUCGGAUACUGAUGAACGAAUCGACCCGCCGGCUGAAGCUGUCGUCGAAAAAGCUCGGCAGCUGCAUCGAGAAAGCCCGCCCGUACUACGAGUCGCUCGAGAAGGCGAAGGUGGCCCAGCUGGAAUGUCAGGCGGCAACGUUAAAGUAUCAGCGAGCGAACGAGAUCCAUGCGGCGGCGAAGGAGACGGUAGCGUUGGCGGAACAGCGCUUCAUGAGCAACUCGCACGAAUGGCAGUUCGAUAAUGCCUGGCAGGAGAUGUUAAACCACGCUACGAUAAAGGUUAUGGAUGCAGAGAAACAAAAGGCUGAAAGUGGUGCUGAACAUCAGAAGAAGGCAAAGGUGUUUGAGGAGGCAGAAAAGAAAGUACAACAACUGGAGGAACGGUACCGGAGAAGUAUACAGAAAUCGCGCCCAUACUUCGACGAGAAGCAACUCUGCCAGGAACAGCUGGAGGCACAGAAGGGUCGCAUACAGCAGCUCGAACAACAAAUCCAAGCGGCCAAGAGCGCAUACAGUACGGCGCUCCGGAAUCUGGAAAAGAUUAGCGAAGAAAUCCACGAACAGCGUGGCGACCUUAGCCAGGCCGCACCAUCCGGUCCCCGGGAACCGGGUGUCGGGGCCGAGCUAGCCAACAUUUUGCCCACCACAACGAAGCCCGCACCGUGCAAGGAUCGGUUCCCGUACAGCAGCACCAUGCCGGACAUAUCGAGCGAGCUGGACAAGUGUGAGAUCCGUUCGGUUGGUAGUGCGUCGGUCGCAACCAGUUCGGCUGUUAGCGAAAAGGACCCAUCGGAGGAGGACGACUACUCCGGCAUGACGCUACACGAAGAUGACGAUCCGUCUGCAGUUGCGCACGAUGAUGAUCUGCAUCUGGAGCUGUUGCGGCAGAAGGUACGCACGUUGGCGGUACGGCCGGUCGAAGGUGGAGAUGGUCAGCAGCAGGAGCAGGACGUGUGGGAACACGAGCUAAAUGCCACGGUCGAUAAGCUCGACCAUCUGAUGAUGUUGCGCGAGUGCUCGCGUAGCAGCACCUUGAGCGGAUCGGGUGUCGCCGGUGGGUCUGCGGCCAGCGAAAACGGUGCAACGUUCCGUAGUUUACCAACUACGCCGAAGCAUCACCAGCAGCAGCAAAAUUAUCAUCAUAUUCACCAGCAGCAUCAACAACAACCUCCGAUUGGCCGAGGCGUAUCCCUUUCGCCGGUUGAUUCACCGGCACACGAGCAGCACACGAUCAAAAUGUUCAAAAAGCUCGAUCCCCUACCGUUGGCCAACGUUUCGAUGUACGCGCUUCCAACGUAUCUUAGUGCGGCCACGAAUGGUAGUCCCCAUGCCGGGAACAGCUUGCUCACCCCAAUCUCUGCCACCUCGCCGGGCGAUAUGGGUGACCUGAGCGAGGCUGGACUGAACACGAAGCUAAAGCGUAAGAUGUCCAUGUAA